ACAGCACUGCUAUCUAAUGCCUUUCUGUUAUAUUCGUUGCCAACGCUAAUCUACGGCCGAUUGGUGGAUACUGGCUGUUACGUAUAUUUGUAUCCAUAUGCUUAUGCUCUCGCCAAUACAACACACACUGGUUCGGUCUGGAUCGUGCUUACACUGACCAUUGACCGUUAUUUGGCGCUCUGUCGGCCGCUUACUCAUCGUGCCAUCGGAAAACGCAGCCGGGUAAAGCGUUUAAUGAUUGCUGUUUCGCUGAUGGCAAUACUGUUCUCGAUGCCUCGGUUUUUCGAAGUUCAAGCGGUUUGCUUUCGUGUUGGUGACGACGACAAAUCUUGCAUACCGACCAUCGUUCGAACUGAGCUCACCCAGGUUGGGUAA